UAAUUUCAGAAAAGAAAAUGGUGGCUCAUUGGUUGCCGGUCUUGAUGUUUACAUUGAUAUGGGGUCUUGUGGGAGGAGUGGCGCCUAAGUUUGUGCCCCGGGGUCCACACCAGUCACUUAUACAGAUGUCUUUGCUGCUGACAGGUAUUUGCUGCUGGUUGUUCUGGUUAUGCUGCUACAUGUCACAGAUGAAUCCGUUAAUAGAAAAUGAGGACUUCACUUAUCCGUACUGGACUCGGCUUCGGCCAUCUUGGAGUCAAGGUCCGUGGAACCACCAAGUACCAUCUAUCUCCUAUGGAGCAGAGAGCAUUCGCAGGAGCUAUUUCAUCCGGGGUUCCGAACACAUUGUGGAGAAUCAGGAGAUCCAUUCUGACAGUAGUUCCUCCUUUUAUUAUCGCCUAUCUCAUCUACGACGCAUCUGAGAAGGAACAUGACCGUCUGCAGCGUAAACAGCCGGGACAGUUCGACCAUGAAGUUUAAACAAUAACAUUGCAGUACACAUUGUUUACAGUAGACCACGAAGUGUAAAUAACAAUGCAGUACACAUUGUUUACAUUUUAGCCCGUAUAGUAGUAGUAAUUUUCAGUAAUGUAUUACACAUAUAUUUAUAAUAACCAGCUCUAUAUGAUAUUUAUUUGUUCAAAUAUUAUCGGUAAACGAUGCCAUGGAUCCAUUUAUAGUUAGCUCUGAUAAUUCUUGAUAAUUUGCAGAA